AAGACGCCAUGAAAGCACCUUCACUAAAUGCUAUAUAUAUUUACAUAACUUCGUAACUCAUCUCAGACAUCAUUACACCAACCUUUGUUUUUUCGUUAGGGCGAAACCCACAUUAUUUUUUGGGCUCCCUCUUUGGUCUAUUUCGUUUUCUUUUCAACUAACUCGAAUCCCCUUAUUCCAUUAUUUUAUAGCUAUCAUAAUUUAUAAUUAGUUUCUUUGCUCAGAACAUUUUCUGGGUAUCUUUAUUAUUUUUUUCACCAAUUUUUUUGCGGGGUGAUUCUCUUUUCGAGUUUCCGACUCAGCCAUGAAUGCCCUCGCCGCAACGAGCCGUAACUUUCGCCAAGCGGCGCGUCUUCUUGGUCUUGACUCCAAGAUAGAGAAGAGUCUCUUGAUCCCUUUCAGAGAGAUCAAGGUGGAGUGCACGAUCCCCAAGGAUGAUGGAAGCUUGGUCUCGUACGUUGGAUUCAGAGUACAACAUGACAAUGCACGUGGACCCAUGAAGGGAGGAAUCAGAUAUCAUCCUGAGGUUGACCCUGAUGAAGUGAACGCUCUAGCACAACUUAUGACCUGGAAGACUGCUGUGGCAGACAUUCCAUACGGUGGAGCAAAGGGUGGAAUUGGGUGCGACCCAAGGGAGUUAAGUAAGAGUGAAUUGGAGCGUCUCACUCGUGUCUUUACCCAAAAAAUCCAUGACCUCAUUGGGAUUCAUACUGAUGUGCCAGCACCGGAUAUGGGAACUAAUGCCCAGACAAUGGCGUGGAUUUUGGAUGAGUACUCAAAGUUUCAUGGUCACUCACCUGCUGUUGUGACAGGAAAGCCCAUUGACCUUGGUGGCUCACUCGGUCGAGAGGCUGCAACUGGGCGCGGUGUUGUCUUUGCUACAGAAGCUUUGCUCGCUGAAUAUGGGAAGUCAGUCAAGGACUUGAAAUUUGUCAUUCAGGGGUUUGGAAAUGUGGGCUCUUGGGCAGCUAAGCUGAUUCAUGAAAGUGGUGGCAAGAUUGUUGCAAUAAGUGAUAUCAGUGGUGCAAUUAAGAACCCCAAUGGAAUUGAUAUACCGGAAUUGCUGAAGCACAAAGAAAGCACUGGUAGCUUACUAAAUUUUGCUGGGGGAGAUGUCAUGGAUCCAGCUGAACUGCUUGUACAUGAAUGCGAUGUUCUCAUCCCUUGUGCUUUGGGUGGAGUUCUCAACAAGGAAAAUGCUGGAAAUGUUAAGGCCAAGUUCAUAGUAGAGGCAGCAAACCAUCCAACUGAUCCUGAAGCAGAUGAGAUUCUGUCUAAGAAAGGAGUUAUCAUUCUUCCCGACAUAUACGCAAAUGCUGGUGGUGUGACUGUUAGCUAUUUCGAGUGGGUUCAGAAUAUUCAAGGUUUCAUGUGGGACGAAGAGAAGGUGAACAAUGAACUUAAGCGGUACAUGACCGGAGCUUUCCAUAACAUCAAGGGCAUGUGCAAAACGCACAAUUGUAAUCUGAGAAUGGGAGCCUUUACAUUGGGAGUUAACCGUGUAGCGCGUGCCACCGUUCUUAGGGGAUGGGAAGCAUAAAGAGAGAGCUAUUCAGUCAGCUCGUUGCGUUUUCGUCUAUAUUAUCCACCUUCCUAAGGGGAUUGGGGAAGCAUUUUCUUAUGUUAUGCUUGUUUAGUCAAUGUCGAACAGGGCAGCCUCUUUACAUCCCUCAAAAAUGAAUAACUUGUGACAUUGUUAAACUGAUUACUCAUUCAUUUGGGAAAUUAUUAAUAAAUUUUAUUAAAAAUAUCAGUAAUGUUAUUUUCAA